UUGACUUUAAGUUAUACGUCAAUUCUGCAAAAAGCCCUAAAAACAUAGGUAUGUUAUUAAAAUAGAAUAGAACAUCUUCUUAACAUGGCUGAAGCUUCAUUUGUAAUGUUAGCUCAUAACUUGAAAACAUAAAAGAUAUUUUUAGCAUGAAGAUUAGUUCUUAAGUUUAUCAUUAGAGAAUUUGGCUCUAAAUCUUCUCUUACAACUGUUGUUGUUGCUCUGUUGCUGGACAUCUCCAAAACCUUCUUCACAUAGCCUAAAACAACAAACCACUUGUUUAAGACUCUCCAUGGAAGUCUGAGCUAAAAGAGUCCAUCACAAUAUAGAUUUUAUCAUGAUCCUAAUAUGCAUCGUAGAAAUGAGGAAAUUAUCAUGACCAGACAAAGUUUUCAAAAUAUUCACUUCUCUCCUCACAUUUUCAAUGGCAAUAGCCGUCCUAAUCUACACAAUAAUUACAAACAAUCUAACAGAUCUUAUAACUGCUACAGAACCAGAAGACAUUAAAUCAAAAAGCACUUUUUUUUAUCAAAAAUCAAAAAGCAAUAAACUUUGCUUUGUGAAUAACAUUAACAACGACUUGUUAUCACCUUUCUUAGGCUUAAGAGCACAAAAAUGGCCAUGACAAACUUCAUAAGCAAGCUCUUGGAGAGUCAAAGCUAUUAUUCAAACCCACGCUGCCCCCUUCCGAUUCACGGAGGAGUGCCGUCUCGCGAUGAUGCAUUUAGCCGAAGACGAAGGAGGAUAUGGCCGUUUGAAGAAUCUCUUCGGCGUGGAGUUCCCAAUAGUCAUCGGAGAUCUCGUUGGAGUCUUCUUGGAGAAAGAGUGAGAUGAAAUCAGACUGUAAAACAUGAAAAUGGGAGAAAGUACACAUAACUCUUUUACUCUUUAGGAAAAGUACUCUACUACUUCAAAUCAGAGAAAAAAACCGUCGAAUUAGCCAUAUCACGGAGAUAUAUAUAUAUAUGAUAAGAGAUAUAGAGAAGAUGGUUUCUAGAGGAGGAAUAUACACCUAUUUAUACUCUUAGUUAGAGGAAUAUACACCUAUUUAUACUCUUAGUUAGACAACUUCGCCAAUAGAAGAUCGCAUUCAAGGCUAGAUCGUGGGUGUUUGAAUUAAUAGGGGAUUAAACACGAUGAACAAUUAUAUGGGUGCGUUAAUCAGACAAAAAUCAAAAGUAGGUGCAGAUUCAAAGAGGAGAUACGAAACCUUAAUUCUCACGUAGAUCAUCCUUCACAUAGAGCACAUUAGGGCUAAAUCAUUUGGUCUAUUGGGCCAGCGUCUAGAGCCCAUAAAUUAACAAAGUAAGCCUAAAAAAUUAAAGUCGCGAGUUAAUGAAUCACCGUAUAGAAAUAGAGAGGAUACAUAAUGUGAUGUGGAAGCUCGAAUUAGUGAUGUGGUGCAACAGGAGAGAAAAAUUAUUACUUUAUAUAGUGAUGUGGUGCAACAGGAGAGAAAAAUUAUUACUUUAUAUAAUAAGGUAUGCUUACAUAAAAAUAUACGGUCAGUCUAUCGUAUUCGUACUUAACCAAAUUGGCCGAAUGUCAGACGUAAUGGACUAUUCUAAUUUACCGUCAAAGGUUCUGGCAUUAAACCGAACUAAACCAAAUUCUUCAAUCCGAACCAAUUUGGCAAAUAAGGAUCUUAAAAAGAGGCGUAGGCCGGUAUUCAUUUCCUCUGCAAAUAAACGACCCACUUUCUCUAUUCAUUCCCUCCAAAGCCAUGGCCGGAGAAGGAGGAGAACUGACGGCGAUCCUGCUUAAAAAGACGGCCGAGGAGGGUGGAGAAAAUGAUAAGUUGGAUAUGAAAGAGAAGGUUUGGAGGGAAUCUAAGAAGUUAUGGGUUGUGGCCGCGCCGGCUAUCUUCACUAGAUUCUCUACGUCGGGAGUAUCUUUGAUAAGUCAAGCUUUCAUUGGCCACCUUGGCCCUACCGAGUUGGCUGCUUACUCUAUCACUCUCACCGUUCUCCUCCGUUUCAGUAAUGGAAUCUUGUUAGGUAUGGCUAGUGCACUAGAAACACUAUGUGGUCAAGCCUACGGAGCAAAACAAUAUCAUAUGCUAGGGAUUUACCUCCAAAGAUCAUGGCUCGUCCUCAUAGGCAGUACCAUUUGCCUCACGCCCAUCUACAUUUUCGCUGGUCCUAUCCUCUUAGCCCUAGGUCAAGAAGAACGCCUUGUCCGUAUAGCUCGAGUCAUAGCCCUAUGGGUCAUAGGCAUCAACUUCUCCUUCGUGCCUUCCUUCACCUGCCAAAUGUUCCUCCAGGCUCAGAGCAAGAACAAGAUCAUUGCCUAUGUCGCUGCUAUCUCCUUAGGGGUUCACGUUUUCUUGUCUUGGCUACUAAUGGUUCAUUUCGACUUUGGGAUCGCUGGUGCAAUGACCUCAUCGCUCGUAGCACAUUGGUUGCCUAAUAUUGCUCAGCUCUUGUACGUAAUAUGUGGUGGGUGUAAGGACACAUGGAGAGGAUUUUCGUGGUUUGCUUUCAAAGAUCUUUGGCCAGUAUUCAAAUUAUCUUUGGCUUCCGGUGGCAUGACGUGUUUGGAAGUAUGGUACAACUCGAUAUUGAUCUUGCUCACAGGAAAUUUAAAAAACGCUGAGGUUUCUCUCAACGCACUUGCAAUCUGCAUCAAUAUAAAUGCACUGGAGAUGAUGGUAGCCUGCGGCUUCAUGGCAGCAGCAAGUGUAAGAGUUUCAAACGAGAUUGGAAGUGGAAACUCUAAAGGAGCCAAAUUUGCUACAAUGAUAGUAGUCUUGACGUCACUAUCAGUAGGAGUCAUUCUCUUCUUUGUCUUCCUAUUUCUGAGUGGAAGGGUUUCGUACAUUUUCACAACAAGUGAACUUGUUGCCGCACAAGUAGCCGAUCUUUCUCCAAUCUUAGCCUUUUCCAUCCUCUUAAACAGUGUACAGCCUGUUCUCUCCGGAGUUGCUGUUGGAGGGGGAUGGCAAAAAUAUGUUACAUACGUUAACCUUGCUUGCUAUUACCUUGUGGGGAUUCCUACUGGUAUUUUCCUUGGCUAUGUCGUGGAUUUGCAAGUCAAAGGUGUUUGGUUAGGAAUGAUAUUUGGAAUCUUGGUUCAGACUUGUGUGCUUACCAUAAUGACUAUGAAAACAGACUGGGAUAAACAGGUGUCUGUUUCGCAACGACGUCUGAACCGUUGGGUUGAACCAGAAUCAAGAGGUCGAAACCAAACUUCGCCAAGAGAAUAACUUUAAAGAUUGAGCUAAAACAUAAUUUUUGUGAUUAACUAUAAGCCAUAUUCCACUCUUGAAAGUAUACACUUAUGUGUGUUCAUUUAAAAUAAGUUUGAGAUACACUGUUAACGAAUUUAGACGCCAAAGAGAGGUCCUUGUCUCUCACUGAUCAAAUUCACGUAAUUUAUAUA